AUGAAAUGGAAGCUCGAACGGUGUCAAAGAAGAAUGGAGCGAGCGAUGUUGGGACUGACACUACGGGAUGAAGUGAGAAGCAGACAAAUCAGGGCUCGGACUAAACUGAAGGAUGUGGUUGAAGUGGCAAUCACAAUAAAAUGGAAGAUGGCGGCAAAAAUUGCAAGAGCAGGUAAUGAACGGCUGGACUGGAAGGUGCUAAACUGGAUUCCUGAAGGAAAAAGAAGAGUUGGACGACCUAGAAUGAGAUGGGAGGACGAGUUCGUGGAGCUGUGUGGAAGAGACUGGCUGAAUAGGUGCAGACGGAAUUGGAUGGAACACUGCCUUGGUUACCUCCAUUGGCAACUGGCGAGAUCAAUAUCUCGGAGACAGAGAUGGAGACAUGAUUUGAUUUUAUACUCUCUGAUUACUUUUAUCUUUUGUCAACAGUUGUAA